AUGUCGCGUGACUAUGUUAUCGAUUCGCAAAAGCGUAAGCGCAAGCACGGUGGCAAUAAACCUGCAGAUUACGCCAUGAUGUCCGGAGCUUUACCUUCGCCGAGCACAGAGGCCGAAGAUCCUGUUGAGGAAGAUAUCAAGGCAAGGAAGAAGGUGAAGAAAGAAGACAAGAAGAAGCGUCGGGAAAGCGAAGCUACCAACGGUGACAACGUGACCGGCGCAGACGGUCCAGCUGGAGAAAUCAAUGGUGAUGCCGAACGACCCAAGAAGAAAUCAAAGAAGGAGAAGAAGGAGCGCAGGCACGAAGGGGAGGUUGAGAAAGAUGAAGCUGCGGUAACGCACGCUGAGGAUAUGGAGUCUGAGGGAGCCAUGAACAAGGAGCUCAAGAAAGUCGCCGCCGCUGCCACUGGGAAAGUUGCAGAAGAGGAGGACGACGACUUUGCAGAUUUCGAUGAAGAGGCCGAAAACGAGACCUCGGCCGAGCAGGCAAUAUUCUCAACAAAUGCUGAAGUUGAGACGACAUCAGACCUACCUUCAAACCUGGGCGUGACACUACCGUCAACUAAAGCCGAACCGCAAAAGUUCACUGAGCUCAAUCUUUCAGAGAAGACCAUGAAAGCCAUUCAGGAUAUGCCCUUCGACACUAUGACUGAGAUCCAGCGCCGAGGUAUUCCGCCCUUGUUGGCGGGACGUGAUGUACUUGGAGCAGCGAAGACUGGAUCCGGCAAGACGUUGUCAUUCUUGAUCCCAGCUGUGGAGAUGCUGCAUUCGCUACGGUUCAAACCUAGAAACGGAACUGGUGUGAUUAUUGUGUCACCCACAAGAGAGCUUGCAUUACAGAUCUUUGGCGUGGCUCGCGAACUUAUGGAGCACCACUCUCAGACAUUUGGCAUUGUGAUUGGAGGUGCCAACCGUCGUGCAGAGGCCGAGAAACUUGCAAAGGGAGUCAACUUGAUUGUUGCUACACCAGGUCGAUUACUGGAUCACUUGCAGAAUACUCAAGGCUUCGUUUUCAAGAACGUGAAGGCGCUGGUCAUCGAUGAAGCCGAUCGAAUUUUAGAAGUCGGAUUCGAGGACGAGAUGCGUCAGAUCAUCAAAAUAUUGCCCAAGGAAGAGCGACAGACGAUGCUCUUUUCUGCCACACAAACCACCAAAGUCGAGGAUCUUGCAAGGAUAUCAUUGCGACCAGGCCCGCUGUACAUCAACGUCGAUCAUGCUGAGGAGCACAGCACAGUCGCGGGCUUGGAACAAGGCUACACCAUUUGCGAAGCUGACAUGCGUUUCCGCCUACUGUUCACCUUUUUGAAGAAGCAUCCUUUGAAGAAGAUCAUCGUCUUCUUCAGCAGCUGCAACUGCGUCAAGUAUUUUUCCGAGCUACUGAACUACAUUGAUCUCCCCGUCCUGGACCUCCAUGGCAAGCAAAAGCAACAAAAGCGCACCAACACCUUCUUCGAGUUUUGCAACGCCAAAAGCGGUACUUUGAUCUGCACAGAUGUCGCCGCGCGAGGCCUAGAUAUCCCUGCGGUAGACUGGAUUGUGCAAUUCGACCCGCCGGAUGACCCGAGAGAUUACAUCCACCGUGUUGGACGCACAGCACGAGGAGCUAAUGCAAAAGGCAAGAGUUUGAUGUUCCUGCAGCCGAAUGAGGUUGGCUUCUUGAGCCACCUGAAGGAAGCCAAGGUCCCUCUCGUCGAGUUUGAGAUUCCACCAAAGAAGAUUUUAGACAUUCAGAGUCAACUCGAGAUGUUAAUCGGCAAGAACUUCUAUCUCAACAAGUCUGCCAAGGAUGGCUAUCGAUCAUAUUUGCAAGCAUAUGGCUCACACUCGCUACGAUCCGUAUUCGACAUCAACAGCCUCGACUUGAAGAAGGUCGCCAAGGGUUUUGGAUUUCCUGUACCUCCCAAAGUCGACAUCAACUUGGGCGCCAGCAUGAAGAGGCCUGAAUCAAGGCGACCGUACGGCAGCCAACCGCGCCAACAAAAGACCAUGCAGAGGCGUCGGCCGUAA